AAUAAAAACUAAUGAUAUGUUUUAAGAGGAAAACGUCUGAUAAAAAAAUACGAUAAAAAUCUGGCAAAUAUUCAACUUCAACUUUAGACUUAUUAUCUGUCGAAAAGUGCAAUUAAUAAGCAACAGUGUUGCAUUGAACGAACGCACGUGGAUCGAGUCUUAUGUAUGAUAAGAGAUAGGAAACAAUGAACGUUUGCAAAAACAAGCAGAGUGUCAACAGGUCAUUUUAUUGCACUUGUCCGCGCGCAUGUUGUAGUGCCCACAUUGGUCUACUAAUAGUAAUAACUAAUAAUUAAUACUAAUUUAAUAUUCCAACCCGGAUCUAAGUCAGUGUGACAAGAUAUAAGGCAACAAUAAAUGUUAAUAACUGUCACUUAUAUGCAGUAGCCUGACGCCUGAUAAUUUAUUACUUUGUUUUGAUUCCAACCCUGAUCUAAGUCGGUGUGACAAGAUAUAAGGCGACUAUAAAUGUUAAUAACUGUCAGUUUAUAUGCAGUAGCCCGAUGCCUGAUAAUUCAUUACUUUGUUUUGAACAAUGAUAUGUGGAAAAAGGAAGAUCGACGAACCAGAUGUGAUGUUCUUAACCAGUAAAAUUAGCAUUCAACCGUUGUCUGAAUAUAAUAACUGUAUAUGGUUUUCAGUUACGCGAUCAUCUUCGAACUACCAAAAAUAUUUAUUUGAAAAACACAAAGUGUACAUGUAGCCACUUGCAUAACAAAAUCGCGUGCCCUUUCACAGAGACUAGUUACUGCCAAAAAUGUUCAACUAGUAAUAGAUUAUGUCUGACCAUUCUCAAUCUACAGCGCUGCCGCGAUGUAUCGUACAAGAACCAUUCGAGUGUGUACACACAACCGAUGCUAUUUGUCGGAAAAAUCAUAUGGACACCAAUGGUCCUAAAUUUGUAAAAACAAUACAACACAUAGAGAGUCUUUCCAAGCAUCUAUAUAAUGUGAGAAAUCCGCUUUUUUUCAUUUGUAAGGCACAUGCUCAUAAACACAAAGUACCGACACAACACACAGUGUCAUUUACUAAUGCUAUGCGUUGUCUCAUAGAAUCCACUGAAUGUUGUAUACAAACAGUCAAGUGCUGUAAUGAAGCUGUAUUCGUUACUAAAUAUAAUAGCAGCUUCAUAAUAGCUACUGUUGAAGAUAACCCAAAGAAGAGAAAUAGCGGAAUAAAUAAACACCAAUAUCAACACACUUUGGACACUGCUCUAUACAGCCAGCAAGACUUGGAUUCUAUAAAUGUACGUGUUUCGGUGCAACAUUUGAAAAUACAAAAGUAUAUCAUUUUCGAUCCAACUUUGUGGCGAGAACAGUCCAAAAAUCAUUUUAUAAGUAUGCUCAGAGCAAUUAUAAACAUGCCGGACAAAGUAAAGGAGAGACAUCAACGUUUUGAGUCUUCAAAUUUCAUAAUUUCCAAUAUUAAACGCUACAAGAGCGGUAAGUGUUCAGUUAUAUGUGAUUCCAUUAUUGGCUUUGAUACCAAGGGUAUUUAUCAGACAUCCACUAUUUCGUGUAUGCUUCAUUAUUCGACAGUGCUGCUUCCAAAAUCCCUGUACACUUUGCUUGAGUCCGAUUAUGAUCUACAGUAUGUGGCUCUAAAGAGAGACCCAUCACUGAAACUGUCUUGUCUUUUCAUUUGUAAAGCUGAAUGCAAUCCAGACAAGAGUAUAGACACAAUUGUUAUACCAGAUGCAAUUGCCAAAAUGUUGGGUCAAGAUCAGGACGGUGACAAAAAUGGUGUCUACUUGUUACCUUUGCGUGUGCAUGGAUCGAUGCUCGUAAUUCGGUGAUGCACAAGCUGGCUAAAAUGAAAAUGUCUGAAGCCUAUUGUAAGAAACUUACAACAGACGGAAUGCCGAGACUCUCUUUCUCAGAGAAUAAUUCAAUUUUAAUGGAAAAUAAUAUCGGACAACUUUUAGAAACAAACUUGAUGUUUCGUAAAACCUAUCCGGCCGCUGAACGCUUUAUAACGAAUUUUGAUCGCGAUGCUCGUGAACGAUCACAAUACAUGAUUGAAGUAGGAUGUGGUUACAUGGAGAAAGAGUUUGAAGAUUUGUGCCAACAAUUGAUUAAAAUGAACAAGCAGCCGUCCAGCUUCGAAACAAUUACUGCUGAUGAUCUAUUGAUUUUAACAAAGAAAAUUCCAAAUAUAAUUAUUAGUUCGGGCGCAAAAGGCUACAAAGAGUCUGGUUAAUAAUAUUCGAAAAACCAAUUCGCUGUUCGACAAACGCAAAGAAAUGAUCGAUCAACUACAUCGCUACAUUAUCGCUACAUUACAUCAAGCAAGGAUCUCAGACACUCUGGUCGUGAAUGUUUUUUCUCUGCACUAUGCAGCUCACGAUAUAAUUGUAAUAAUUGUAAUGCUUGGUCACAUAUAUUUGAAUAAAUAUCAUGUGGCCGAUUACAAUGAAUUUGCCAGUAUUGGGACAUUUCUAUUUGGUGAGGCUUCAUUGGACAUGUUCAUAAAUGACUUGGAAAUAUUAUAAAUGUCUCAAUAUUACUAUACUACUAAUUUAUUUAUAUAUUUAAUUAUAUGGAAUUAUAUAUGUGUGUAAAUAAAUAUGUGUGUGUGUUUAAAAAAGAAAUAAACAGUUGUGCUUAUUAAUAGUAAUUUUGCCUUUCUUGAACCAUAUUACUAGAUUCUCAAUUAUUAGCAUGUAUCAUCAAUUAUUUUGUCUUCUUCUUUGCUUUGAGGAAGACAAUGAUUUUGAAGUUUCAAUAAUUUGUUGCUCAACCGGCGACAAAGGAGCUACAAAUUCGGUAUUUGAAUUAUUCGCCACACUCAUUGAAAAUGGUGGUAAUUUUUCAACUAGUGGAGCCGUCGGAUUGUAGGGUGGUGGAGAUAUAGAUCUAUACACUGGCUGAACUACAUGAGCCACAAUUGGAUUGGGGUUAGCAGACUUUGAAUCAGACGUGUUUGCUGGUGGAUCUGAACUUUCUAAAGUUUUAUUCUCAUCUUCAGCCUUUUUGACUUUAUUUUUCUUCCAAUAGAUAAAGAUUAAGAGGCAAAUGAUUGCAAUAACUAUUAUCGCUACAACAAUAAAUAGUGGUGUUGAAUUCGCUAAUUCGUACAUGAUUUCAGUUUAAUUAGUCGUAUUUAUACUAUUUUUACAGAUUACAUUAUAUCUGUACCUCAGAGCUAGAAGGGCAUAAGUCUUGAACAGCUGAUUUUAUCUUGAAUCUAUAGAAUCUAUAGAGUUUGAAAAACUGAACACGUUCCACUAAAACUAUCAUUUUGUCAAAAAACAAAAUGUUACAGAUAUAGUAUAGAACUAUAAUUUCAUUUAUGCUUUUCCAAAGUUUUUUGGGUUAUCUUUGCAAUUAUUUAUUUGGUUUCGCUUUUCAUCCAAUAUCUUCCUAUAAUCUUUCAGAUCCUGUUUGAGUUGAAAGGUUCUCUUUUACAUUCUAUCUUCCAUAUUUAUUGAUUCAAAGGUAGGAUAUAGAAAUCUCAUAAGUUGACAACUGAAUGUGGUUGGUAAGAGAGAACCAUAUAUUAUCAACGCUAUUAAAUUCAAAAUCUGGGACCAAGUUUCUGUGCUCAGGCUCUCUAUGUCUCAGCUUAAAAAAUAUAAUCGAUUUUUCUAACUUUUCUCGGUACUAUCUCUUCUUCUCUGACAAUGUUAAUCUGAUAGCCACCAAUAUGAAGAGAAAUCGAAAAGUGAUUUAUGAUAAUAGUUUUCGUAUCCACCACCACCAAUCUGUCAUUAGUUCUUAGAAAGUGUGAUCGAUACAAGAUGCUGUAAACUCUACUGUGAUCCUCGUAUUACUAUUGUUAAGAGAAGUCAUUUUUAUUCAAAGAUAUACACUCAUCGAUAAAUUUGUCGAAGUGACAAACAUCAGUACUAAUAUAUAAAUAUAUAUUACAAAUACUUAUAUUACAAACACCAGGCAGACAGACAUCAGUAUUAAUUUGGAAUGCUACUACUUAUGUAUUCAUUCAAGAUUACCAAGAGCUCAGAAAUCUGACUAUUUUGUGAACGAAAAACUACCAAAAAUUUUAGAUACUUCCAACUUUAAACAUCGAAACAAAGAGAAUAAUUAUUUACAACAUCAAAAUAAUUAUUUUCUUUAACAUAAAUAAAUUAUUUAGUUUAGAGCAUUUAUUCAUCGAUUUGUAUUCCGAAAUAUUGAAAAAAAGAGUGUAUCAUUACUAAUCCAUGUUUCUGUAAGUACAAUAAUUAUUAUUACUUCAUACAUAGUUUUGCUGUCUUGAAAAAGACAGAAAAGCAAUAAUUCGGACUAUGCAUGUGGUAAAGUGCAAGCAUAGGUCACGCGGUAUCAGUUAAUUAAAUGCGUCAAUUAAUAAACUGUUGCAGAA